AUGGACGAGGACGACGUGGCGAGCUGGAUGGCCGACGAGCAGCUCGCGGAUCGCGCGGCGGGCGAGGAGCCGCCGGAGGUGAUCACGCACCGCUCGCACUCGCUCGUGGGUCCCGCCGCCAUCACGCCGCGGCAGAGCGUCGCGCGAUCCAGCAGCCGCCGCUCGUCGCUGGACGAACCCGACAGCGCGCGACCGUCGCUGAUGGGAACGUCGCCGUGCGUGCGGUCGAUGGAAUCGCCGAGGAAGGCCGUCGCACGUGCGAUGCUAGAUGCUGGGAUGGCGGCGGAUGGGAGAGAGGGGGCAGCGGCAGCCACGGCCGUGGCAGGAGCAGCAGCGGAGGGCGGUAGGGACAGUGAUGCGAAUGGCGCGAUAGAGGCGAGGGAGGAGGGGGAUGCGGCAGAGGCGAGGGGCGCGUUAGAUGCGGUGGAGAAGGACAAGGUGGGGCCGGAAGACUUCGAGCUGCUGCGCGUGGUGGGGCAGGGCGCCUUCGGCAAGGUCUUUCAGGUGCAGCACCGAUGGACGGGCGAGAUAUUCGCGAUGAAGGUGAUGAAGAAGCAGCGCAUCCUGGAGCGCAACCAGGGCGACUACAUGCGCGCGGAGCGCGACAUCCUCACCAAGGUCGUGCACCCCUUCGUCGUGCAGCUGCAGUACUCCUUCCAGACGAGCGCGAAGCUGUAUCUGAUUCUCGACUUCAUCAACGGCGGCCAUCUCUUCUUCCAGCUCUACCGCCACGGCACCUUCAGUGAGGACUUGGCGCGCAUCUACACGGCGGAGCUGGUGCUGGCGGUGGGGCACCUGCACUCGCGCGGCAUCAUGCACCGCGACCUCAAGCCAGAGAACAUCCUGCUCGACUCCGACGGCCAUAUCAAGCUGACGGACUUUGGGCUGGCGAAGGAGGUGAGGGGUGGCGAUGAGCGCAGCAACUCGCUGUGCGGCACGGUGGAGUACAUGGCGCCUGAGAUCAUCCAGGCCCACGGCCAUGGCUUCCCCGCUGACUGGUGGAGCAUCGGCGUGCUGCUCUUCGAAAUGCUCACCGGGCAGCCGCCGUUUUCAGGUGGCAACAGGCAGAAGCUGCAGCAGCGCAUCGUGAAGGAGAAGGUGAAGCUGCCGCAGUACCUCACCAGCGAGGCACACUCGCUGCUCCGCGGGUUGUUGCAGAAGGACCCGGCGAAGCGGCUGGGCAGUGGGCCGCGGGGGGUGGAGGAGAUCCGCGCGCACAAGUGGUUCCGCGGCGUGCACUGGCGGCGCCUGGAGGCGCGCGAGGUGGUGCCGCUGUUCCGCCCCACGGUGACGGGUGGCAAGCGCUGCACCGCCAACUUUGACGAGAUGUGGACGCAGAUGCCCGUGCACGACUCGCCCGCCGGCACGCCCACCAUGCACGGCGCCGACGCCUUCUUCCGCAACUACACCUUCACCGCCGCCCCGCCCGCCCUCUCCACCGUCGACAGCGACAGCGACGGCGAGGUGGGCAGUGGCGAGUCGGAGGAAAGCGAGGAGGGUGAGGAGGAGGGAGAGGGAGGCGAGGGGGAGGAGCAGGUGGUGGAGGGGCAGUGA